AUGGCGGAUUCCUCCGAGUCGUUCCACAUGGCCACCAGCCCCAGCCGAGGCCCCCGCAGAGGAGACCUGACCUCCAGCCCCGGCAGAGACCUGCCCCCCUUCGAGGAUGAGUCCGAGGGGCUUCUGGGCGACGGACCCCUUCCUGGAGAGGAAGAGGAGGACGCAGAGGGAGAGGAGCUGAUCGGGGACGCGAUGGAGAGGGAUUACCGUGCCAUCCCGGCUCUGGAUCAGUACGAGGCCGAGGGUUUGGACCUGGAUGACGAGGAUCUGUCGGAGAUGUCGCCUGGAGCUCGAGCCCGCGCUGAAGAAGCCAUGAGCAUCAGGGACAGAGCGCACGGUGUCACCGGUCGGCUGAGGAGAGGACUGCUCUACGCCGAUGACGAGGAUGACGGGCAACCUUCAGCACGGCGGAGGCGGAGAGCCGAGUGGGCGGCAGAUGGAGGAGAAGACGGAGAUGAAGAGGAAAUGAUAGAGAGCAUCGAAAACCUGGAGGACAUGAAGGGUCACACUGUGAGGGAGUGGGUUUCCAUGGCGGCGCCGCGGCUCGAGAUCUACCACCGAUUUAAGAACUUCCUGCGGACACACGUGGACGAAAACGGCCACAACGUCUUCAAGGAGAAAAUCAGCGACAUGUGCAAAGAGAAUAAGGAGAGUCUGGUUGUGAACUAUGAAGAUCUGGCAGCCAGAGAACACGUGUUGGCUUACUUUCUACCUGAAGCUCCAACUGAGAUGUUGAAGGUUUUCGACGAAGCCGCUAAAGAAGUGGUGCUCGCCAUGUACCCGAAAUACGACCGCAUCGCACACGAGAUCCACGUCCGCAUCUGCAACCUGCCGCUAGUCGAGGAGAUCCGCUCACUCAGGCAGCUGCAUCUGAACCAGCUGAUCCGUACCAGCGGUGUGGUGAGCAGCUGCACGGGCGUCCUCCCUCAGCUCGCUAUGGUCAAGUACAACUGUAACAAGUGUAACUUCGUGCUGGGACCGUUCUUCCAGUCCCAGAACCAGGAAGUGAAGCCGGGCUCCUGUCCCGAGUGUCAGUCCCUCGGACCCUUCGAGAUCAACAUGGAGGAGACCGUGUACCAGAACUACCAGAGGAUCACCAUCCAGGAAAGUCCCGGUAAAGUCGCAGCCGGUCGCCUCCCUCGCUCCAAAGACGCCAUCCUGCUCGCCGACCUGGUGGAUCACUGCAAGCCUGGAGACGAGAUCGAGUUGACGGGAAUCUACCACAACAACUACGACGGCUCUCUGAACAUGGCUAACGGCUUCCCGGUGUUCGCCACCGUCAUCCUCGCCAACCACAUCACCCGGCGGGACGAAGGCGUCGCCGUGGCCGAGCUCACCGACGAAGACGUCAAAGCCAUCGUCGCCCUGUCCAAAGACGAACGCAUCGGAGAGAGGAUUUUUGCCAGCAUGGCUCCGUCCAUCUACGGUCACGAGGACAUAAAGAGAGCUCUGGCUCUGGCUCUGUUUGGAGGAGAGCCCAAAAAUCCAGGCGGUAAACACAAAGUGCGUGGAGACAUCAACGUGCUGCUGUGUGGAGACCCGGGAACCGCCAAGUCUCAGUUCCUCAAGUACAUAGAGAAGGUGUCGACCCGCGCCGUGUUCACCACCGGUCAGGGAGCCUCGGCCGUCGGUCUGACCGCCUACGUGCAGAGACACCCGGUCACCAGGGAGUGGACGCUGGAGGCCGGAGCGCUGGUGCUGGCCGACCGCGGAGUCUGUCUCAUCGACGAGUUCGACAAGAUGAACGACGCCGACAGGACGAGCAUCCACGAGGCGAUGGAGCAGCAGAGCAUCUCCAUCUCUAAAGCCGGCAUCGUCACCUCGCUGCAGGCCAGAUGCACCGUCAUCGCGGGCGGUCUAACCCCAUCGGUUCAUCCCAAACUGAACCAGAUGGAUCAGGAUAAAGUGGCUCGUAUCUACAGCGAACUCCGUAAAGAGUCCAUGGCGACGGGCAGCAUCCCCAUCACCGUGCGUCACAUCGAGUCGAUGAUCCGCAUGGCCGAGGCUCACGCCAAGAUUCACCUGCGGGACUACGUGGUGGAGGACGACGUGAACAUGGCCAUCAGAGUGAUGCUGGAGAGCUUCAUCGACACGCAGAAGUUCAGCGUGAUGAGGAGCAUGAGGAAGACGUUCUCCCGCUACCUCGCCUUCCGCCGUGACAACAACGAGCUGCUGCUGUUCAUCCUGAAGCAGCUGGUUGCCGAGCAGGUCGCCUACCAGAGGAACCGAUACGGAGCCCAGAACGACACCAUCGAGGUCCCCGAAAAAGACCUGCACGAAAAGGCGAGACAGAUCAACAUCCACAACCUGACGGCUUUCUACGACAGCGACAUAUUCCGCUCCAACAAGUUCAGCCACGACGGCAAGAAGAAGCUGAUCCUGCAGCAGUUCUAAGAGCCUCUUCAUCAUCAUCCUCCUCCUCUUCCUCAUCUUCACUCUCUCCUCUAAACAUGAACUAAACUUCAAGGUUGUUUGGGAGGAAAAAUAAAAAGUACUUUUCUUUAGAGGGAAGAAACGCCUGGAUGGACAUUUAUUCAACAUGUGUGACGUUUUCACCCAAAAAGAAGAAAGACAGACGUCGUUAUAAUGAUCCACAACAUUUUAAGAUUUAGUGGAGCUUUAAAAAGUGGUGUUGACCUAACAGGAAAAGAUAAAGAUGAAGGUGGUUUCCACUCAGUGCAGACAGUGGAAUAAAUUAAGAUUGUUACCAAAAUAGAAGCAAAGAUAUGAAAUAAAGAAAAAGAAGAAACUAAGACGAUUCUCUUGUGUAUCUGCCCUCAGGUGGGGCUGAUUGUGUAAAUAAAUGUACAUGUUUAUGUCUGUAUCUCCUCUGUUAGUAGCUGCUGUUUUAAGAUGGAGGAUUUAUUUUUCAGGCUCACUGACUUUUCUUGCUUCGUGUUUGAGUUCAGAUCGAUAGAAACUGGCUGGAAGUGUAUCAUUAAAAAAAAGUAAUAAUAAAUAAAUGAAUAAAUGAAUAAAAACACAUGUAAACUACUUAAAGAGGUAAAAAGAAAUGAAGCAGUGACUGUUUCUACUGUUGGAUUUGUAGGAAUGUUUUUUUGAUAUUA